AGGCGUAGGAGGGCUUUAAAGGAAAUGUUCAUUUUUCAGUAGAGGGAAAGAAGGCCGGGGCUGCCGGGCUGGGAUUCACGAACUCAAGGGUGGAGGACGGUGAAGCGGCAGUCGGCUCCAUCCAUCUAUGGCAGGCAGUAGUGCACCAGUGCCCAGAGUAGCGGUGGUAGUGUUCGUGAUAAAUGGGAAAACUGUGCUCUUGGGUAGGCGGCGCUCCUCCAUCGGCGACUCCACUUUCGCGCUCCCUGGUGGCCAUCUCGAGUUCGGUGAGAGUUUCGAGGACUGUGCAGCAAGGGAGGUGAAGGAAGAAACUGGUCUAGACAUCAAGAAGAUGGAGUACCUAACAGUAACCAACAACCUCUUCUUGGAAGAAGCAAAGCCCUCUCAUUAUGUUACCAUAUUCAUUCGUGCAGUCUUGAAAGAUCCCAGCCAAGUUCCUCAAAACCUCGAGCCCAACAAAUGUGAUGGAUGGGACUGGUUCGAUUGGAAUAACCUCCCCCAACCACUCUUUCGACCUCUCAAGGCUAUGGCUGAAAGCGGUUUCAAUCCGUUCCCCUCCCGCUAAACAAUUUGAUCUUCUAGUUAGUUGCAGCCCCCUAUUUGAGAUGAAAUAUAGGCUAUAUAGUCAAGUUUAACAUAAUAGUACCAAAUUCAGAAUGUGCGAAUGUAACGUAAUACUUUAUUCUGCCGCUUAAUUGUGACUUCAAUCAACUGGGUUGUGUAUGAAUCCAUUUUGCAAUAUCACUUCCCUUUUACAGAAUCUAAUGGUGGUCAUCUAAUUGGGUUCU